AUGGUUGUAUAUAGCACAGAAGUUGUAAUACCAGCAGAGGUCGAGAUACCAUCUUUAAGUGUCAUUCAGGAAAUCAAGUUAGACGAUGCAGAAUGGAUACGUGUCAGGCAGGAGCAACACAAGCUCAUUGAUGAAAAGAGAAUUGAUCCCGUAUGUCAGGGUUAUCUAUAUCAAAAUAGGAUGUCCGAUGCAUUCAACAGAAAGUUGAAACCUCGACAGUUCACAACGGGGCAGCUUGAAGAAGAUAUUCCCUCAUCAAGAAGAAGCCAAGGGAAAGACCACUUCAAGCGACACUCUAUAGAUAACUUAAGAGAACNAUUGAUUUCUCUAGGCCUCAAACAUGUACCCAACUUCAUAGAAGAUUUGGUUUUGCACACUUUCCCUCUACCGUUUUUCCCUAUAAAAUCUGAUUAUAAAAAAAUAUUUGAUGUCUUUUACAAGUCCAUGGGGUCUAUUCUAGAUGAAGCUGAGAAGCUUGGACUGAAAAGAGAUGAAGCAUGCCAUAACUUUAUUUUUUUAGCAGGGUUCAAUUCUUAUGGUGGCAUGAAAGUUUUCUUCCCAGCUUUGAUCAGGUGGGUUGGAGCAGCAGGAGAGAGUUUACACCGUCGUCUCACCCAUGAAAUCAGAACCGCUGUUAAAGAAGAAGGUGGGGUCACCUUUUCAGCGGUGAAUAGGAUGAGUCUGACCAAGUCUGUGGUGUAUGAGACACUAAGAAUAGACCCCCCAGUUCCAUUUCAAACUGCAAAGGCCAGAGAAGAUGUCAUCAUCCAUAGCCAUGAUUCAUCAUGCUUGAUCAAGAAAGAUGAAAUAAUAUUUGGGUAUCAGCCAUUGGCCACAAAGGACCCUAAGAUAUUUGAGAACCCUGAGGAGUUUAUUGCAGAUAGAUUUGUGGGAGAUAGAGAGGAAUUAAUAAAGUAUGUGUACUGGUCAAAUGGUAAGGAGUCAGAUGAUUCAACAGUGAAUGAUAAACAAUGUCCCGGUAAGGACCUGGUGGUGCUCUUGGGAAGGUUAAUGUUGGUCGAGUUUUUCCUGCGUUAUGAUACUUUUGAGAUCGAAUUUGGAAAGUUGUUGCUUGGUUACAAGGUGACUUUCAAGUCAGUAACCAAGGCGACAUCAUAAAUUAUCUUUUGCUUUAUGCCGGAUAUAUAUGGAAAAUUAUUAUCCAAACACGAGGGUCUGUAAGCAAGACGAUCAGUUGUUGUGACUUCAUGUUAAAUCGAUUUAUUAAUAUGUUUUAAUGUUAUAAUUAA